AUGUUGUCAUUUCAUCUGUUAGUUAACAUUAAGGUGUUGGUUGAACAAGGCAAACGUUCCUUGGUAUCUAAUUACCGGACAAGAAGAGAGGAAGUUGAUGGUGCAAAACACAAGGCUGUGACAGUUGAAUGGCUGAUGUUACUACUGAAUGAUUGUGCUGUUAUCGACGAAAUUCAGAUGUUGGGGUGUAGGACCAGGGGUUUUUCAUUUACCCGUGCUCUAUUGGGGAUCUCUGCUGAUGAACUUCACCUUUGUGGAGAUCCAGCUGCUGUUCCUCUUAUCCAGGAAAUACUUAAAGUAACUGGUGAUGAUGUUGAAGUUCAAUCCUAUGAGAGACUUUCACCCCUAGUUCCAUUGAAGGUUCCUCUUGGAUCAUUUUCUAACAUACGAACAGGCGAUUGCAUUGUAACUUUUUCACGUCGUGAUAUAUACAGAUUAAAGAAAAGGAUCGAAAGUUCGGGAAAGCAUCUUUGUUCCGUAGUGUAUGGUUCACUGCCACCGGAGACUCGAACAAGACAGGCAACAAUGUUCAAUGAUGCAAGCAGUGAAUCUGAUGUUCUUGUGGCUAGUGAUGCCAUUGGAAUGGGUCUUAAUCUGAACAUUUCUAGGAUAAUAUUUUCAACUAUGGAAAAAUUUGAUGGUGUGGGGAUGCGAGAGCUCACUGUACCAGAGGUCAAACAAAUUGCAGGGAGAGCUGGCAGGUAUGGGUCAAAAUUUCCAAAAGGUGAAGUGACCUGUUUAAGUUCAGAGGAUCUACCUUUGCUUCAUUCAUCCCUGAAUUCUGCGUCACCAACACUAGAGUGUGCUGGACUAUUUCCUACCUUUGAUCUCAUUUACAUGUAUUCACGUUUACAUGCAAAAAGUGGCCUCCAUGAAAUAUUGGAGCAUUUCCUUGAGAAUGCAAAAUUAUCUGAAAACUACUUUAUUGCCAAUUGUGAAGAAAUUUUGAAAGUUGCUGUUGUUAUUGAUGAAUUGCCCCUUGGUUUGCAUGAUAAAUACCUUUUCUGUAUCAGUCCAGUUGACAUGAAGGAUGACAUUUCAUCUCAGGGUCUCACACAGUUUGCAACAACCUAUGCAACGAAAGGCAUUGUCCAACUUCGAGAAAUAUUUACACCUGGUACGCUUGCAGUGCCAAAAUCAGAAAGUGCACUCAGGGAGCUUGAAUCCAUUCACAAGGUCUUGGAUCUCUACGUGUGGUUAAGUUUCCGAUUGGAGGAAUCUUUCCCAGACCGCGAACUUGCAUCUUCACAGAAGGCUAUCUGCAGCCAGUUGAUUGAGGAUUUCCUGGAAAGGCUAGGGUGGCAGAAGGCACUGGCAAAAAUAAUGCCACGCCCUGGGCCUGGUUUUGGUACUCUAUUCUCUCGAAAGAAACAAUAUCUGGUUGGAAAGUGGUGGAAGAGUUAUGUUUGGAGAAAGGUUCUUCUGAGCACCAACUUCAAAGAUACGUAAUUGCCCGUCGUUCUCAAGUUACGUUCUUUUACAAAUAAUGAAUUAGCAAGACGUCCAUGUCGCAGAAGGGGUGGAUUAAUUCUUCCCUGCAACGAAUGUACCACGUCAGGAUGCUGAUGUGAUACAUCUAUCUCAUUAUAGCAGACCAUGUAGUAGAAUUUUUAAAUAAAAUUUUAAUAUAUUUUACUCUCGUCUUUUUUCCCAUUUCCGGAUUAAAACUCUCUCCAAUUUCUUUUUUUUUUAGAAAAACUGCCACAUGACUUUCAAUAAAUGGAUGGAUGUACCACAUCAG